AGCCCAGCCCCAUUCAGUGGUGCCGUGCCGCGCUGAUCUGGAAUUCGUCCAGAUACACUAUGCAGAUCUGCAUAUUCUUGUCAACAUCAACAUCCCACCCCGACAGCGACCAUCGGUGACGUCGAGUUCCUCUCGCCAGCCAGCCAUUCAAAGGAAGAGAGGAAAGAAAAAGGAUAGAAAGAAGCCACAAACAAAACCAAACCUGGACCAUGCCUCAGCUCCGGUAGCGACACCGAACACACAGCGACGCAGCAGCCAUGUUCAGCUUCACCCCGCUGCAGGGCGCUCUCUCCGAAUCGACGGCGUCGCAAUCGCUCUUAGAACUCGAUGGCGGCGUCAAGGUGCUGGUGGACGUUGGCUGGGACGAGUCGUUCGAUGCCGAAAGGCUCCGCGAAUUGGAAAAACACAUUCCCACCUUGUCCUUGAUCCUCUUGACCCAUGCGACCGUAGACCACCUCGGCGCAUAUGCGCACUGCUGCAAACACUUCCCCCUAUUCACGCGCAUCCCCGUCUACGCGACGCGGCCCGUCAUCGACCUCGGCCGCACCCUGACCCAGGAUCUCUACGCCUCGACCCCGGUCGCCGCGACCACCAUAUCCCCGACUUCGCUCGCCGAGGUCGCGUACUCGUACGCGCAGACGUCAUCCGCAGACCAUAACCUUCUGCUCCAGCCGCCGACCCCCGAAGAGAUCGCGCGCUACUUCUCCCUGAUCCAGCCGCUCAAAUACUCGCAGCCCCACCAACCGCUCCCGUCGCCCUUCUCUCCCCCGCUAAAUGGUCUGACAAUCACAGCAUACAACUCGGGGCAUACGCUUGGCGGGACGAUCUGGCACAUCCAGCACGGCCUCGAGUCCAUUGUGUACGCCGUCGACUGGAACCAGGCCCGUGAGAACGUCUUCUCCGGCGCCGCCUGGCUGGGAGGAGGGCUAGGAGGCGCAGGCGGUGCCGAGGUCAUCGAACAACUCCGCAAGCCGACCGCCCUGGUAUGCAGCAGCAGGACGCCCGAGACGGCAAUCGCACGCGGGCGACGUGAUGAGCAGCUGCUGGAGUCGAUUAAGCUUUGCAUCGCCCGCGGCGGGACCGUCCUUAUUCCGGUAGAUUCGAGCGCACGAGUACUGGAACUCGCCUACCUCCUGGAGCAUGCCUGGCGGGCCGAGGUCGCCAAGGACAACGAUGUUUUCAAGUCGACCAAGGUCUAUCUGGCGGGUCGCAGCAUCGGCAGCACCAUGCGCAACGCAAGGAGCAUGCUGGAGUGGAUGGACGACAGUAUCGUGCGGGAGUUUGAGGCGGUGGCCGGCGGUACCAGGGGGGCGAACAGCGGCGCCGGCGGAGGCAAAGGCCGAGACGCUGGCCCCUUCGACUUCAAGUACCUGAGGCUACUGGAGCGCAAAGCGCAAGUCGAACGGAUCUUGCAACAGGAGGCAGGCGAUUCCGAGCCAAAGGGCAAAGUCAUCCUUGCUACAGAUGCCAGCUUAGAAUGGGGCUUCUCCAAGGAGGUGCUGAAAGCGAUCGCCGGGGACGCAAGGAAUCUCGUUGUGCUCACGGAGAAGCCGAACCUCAGCCAUGGCAGGACGUCAAUCGCGAGGACACUGUGGGAGUGGUGGAAGGAGCGGAAAGAUGGCGUUGCUGUCGAGCAAACGAGCAGCGGCGACACCUUUGAGCAGGUAUACGGGGGCGGGCGUGAGUUGGAGUUGACGGAGACCACGCGGCAGGCACUGGAGGGCGACGAAUUAGGACUCUACCAGCAGUGGCUCGCGACACAGCGGCAGCUUCAAGCGACUCUGCAAAGUAGUGGAGCUGCCGCGCUGGAAUCGUCGGCCGAGGUUGUGGACGAUGCCUCGGAAACGACAACCGAAUCGGAGGAGUCCGAGACGGAACGGCAAGGCAAGGCGCUGAACGUGUCUACAACAAUAGGCCAGGCCAGCCGCAAAAAGGUGGUCCUCAAGGACGAGGACCUGGGCAUUACCAUCCUGCUCAAGAAGAGGGGCGUGUACGAUUUCGAUGUCAGGGGCAAGAAGGGCAGAGAACGUAUGUUCCCGACGGUGAUACGACGGAAACGGAACGACGAAUUUGGCGAGCUCAUCCGGCCUGAGGAGUACCUCCGCGCCGAAGAGCGGGCAGACGCCGACGGCCAAGAGGAGGCGCAGGAUGGGAACAGGCAAGAACAAGGCCUGGGCAAGAAGCGCCGGUUUGACGACGUUGGUGGCGCGGCCAAGGGUGCCUCGGGACCCAACAAACGCCCGCAGCUCAAGCGUGCGCUUUCGGACGAGGCCGAGGCUGCCUCGCUCUCUGACGGCCAAGGCGGUGAUGAACUCGACCAGCUCGAAGACGAAGAGGAAGCCGUGAUCGGCCCAGCCAAGCUCGUGGUUACCUCGCAGACCGUCUCGGUCAACCUGCGCAUCGCCUUUGUCGACUUCAGCGGCCUCCACGACAAGCGCAGUCUGCACAUGCUGAUCCCCCUGAUUCAGCCGCGCAAGCUGAUUCUCGUGGCCGGUGCCGAGGACGAGACCCUGGCGCUAGCCGCGGACUGCAAGAAACUACUCGGCGCGCAGCUCACGUCCGAGUCGUCACAGAGCUCGGUCGAUGUGUUCACGCCCGCCGUCGGCGCCGCGGUCGACGCCUCGGUCGACACCAACGCCUGGGUCGUCAGGCUCGCCGACCCCUUCGUCAAGCGGCUCAAGUGGCAGAACGUGCGCGGCCUGGGCAUCGUCACAGUCACCGGCCUGCUCCUGCCCGGGGGAGAAAUUGCCCUCCAAUCGGCCGACGCCCCGGAAGCCGGCGACGGCGACACCGCGAACAAGCGCCAGAAACUCGAGGACGGCACCACCAGCACCGCCCCGCCGGCCGCCGCCGAGCCUGACGGCACCGCCACCAGCACGACCUCCGCCACAACAACAACGAACAACAAUACCAAACCACCAACACCAGCACUACCCACACUCGACGUCGUCCCGCCGACGCUCGCCUCCGCCGUCCGCUCCGCCGCCCGGCCGCUGCACGUCGGCGACCUGCGGCUGGCCGACCUGCGCCGCGCGAUGCUCGGCGCCGGCCACACGGCCGAGUUCCGCGGCGAGGGCACGCUGCUGAUCGACGGCACCGUGGCGGUGCGCAAGACGGCGGCGGGGCGCGUCGAGAUCGAGAGCGUUGCGCUGCCGUUCGCCGCGCUGGACGCUGUUGCUGCUGGUGGUCCAGGUGGUGGUGCUGGUGGACGUAUGAGUGGGGCGGGUAGGGGCGGUAUGAUGGCGACUUUUUAUGAGGUGCGCCGGAAGAUAUAUGAGGGGCUGGCUGUUGUUGCUGGUGCGUAAUCCAUGGGGCUUGCGGAGGGUAGGGGGGUGUUUACCGGCUUAGGGGGUAUAUAUCACUGGAGACGGAUAUCAAAGGGCUUGGUUUGGCUGCGGUUUGCGGGGCUAGGUGUGGAUGUUAUAAAUUAUGUAGUUAUAUGAGUUGCAGUGCCUAGAUGGGAUACAUCCGCGCUCAGACGACGCCUCGUUCUGUCGACUAC